AAAUGAAGUUAAAAAAAAAACCGACAGAAUGACGUCUACUUCAAACAUUUUUUUAACAAGAAUAUUAAAAUCUACAUUCAAUUCUUUGUUAUUCACGUAUGUAACAGCAUUUUUAUUAUCACUUCGGUCGAUUCUCAGCUUCACAUUCAGCUUGUAUUCCUUAUUUUACGUACCGACAGUUAUAGUAGCUGUUUUAUUAUUUAUUAUAACCAGUUCUCGCAGAUAUGUAAGAACAGAAGUACCUUGUACCAACCGUUUUAGCAAAAUUGUCAAAGGAUUAUCAAUUCAAACCAUAUUACUUGCGUCCAUGUUUUCGGUCAGUGCAUGGUUUCUUUCCGGUCUAAAUCCAUUUUAUCAUGAUGAAAAAAUUUGGUAUUUACUCAAUAUUGGAUGUGCUCUGACUGGCAUAUUAUUCCACUAUGAAAAUGUUUACUUUAAACAAGACUUUCACUUUCCGAUUAUACAUACUACAAAAUAUUCAAUGUUUAUGUCUAAACUUUCAGAAAUAAUUUUUAAGUCGUUGAAAAAAUCAUUUUUGUAUGUAUUUUUCAUAUUUAUUCCAUUAUAUGUGAUUGAACCGAAAUUAUGUACAGAUUUUUAUUUUUUCUCAACCCUAUGGUUUUCAAUACUGCUAGUGUUAUAUUUGUUUUAUUCAUUUGAACAUAUUAUAUUUUUAACUAUGACUGAACGUAUUAUAUUUCCGAUUGUGACCAUGAAACAAGAUGAUAAUUGUUUACUUAAUGCUUUAAAUAUUGAUAAUAAGAUUAUAAAAUCAUUAGCACUAUAUGAUCUUUACCAAGCAACUAUCAAAGAUGCAGAAAGAAGAAAAGAAAUAUUUAGCUUAAGUUUCGCAGGAAAUGUUCCACAAAGUUGGAAAAUUAUAUUUAACUAUUGUAUGAAUAACAUAAAAUCUACCAUAGAGGACAUGAAAAAUGUAGUCAACCAUAUACCACUAAAGUUAAUAAAUCGGCGCAAUAUAACCAAUGCUAGAUUAAUACAUAUUAAUGAUAGAGUCAGUAGCAAACCAUCAGAAGAAAAUUUAAAUCAGCACAGAAAAUUAUUAUAUUUUGUUGAAAAAAUCUGGCUAUAUAAAUAUUUUUUUGGACCAUUAGACAAAGAUAAAUUAUUAGAAGAAUUUGAAAGAACAGUUUGGUGCUGUUAUAUACUUUCAAAUUUAGCUGUGGUUUCAUUAAAAGAGGACGAGUAUGGUAUAGUUAGAGAACAACUAGGACAAAUUGUUAGCACUAUUUUGGACUUGAAAAAUCAAUUGGAUGUCCAACAAAGAAAUUUUAACAACCAAAAGACCAAGAAAAUUGAAUAUUUGAAAACACACGUUAAGACUUGUACUGUUAUGUUAGCAUUGAAUUUUGGUAUGUAUGCCAAUGAUAUUGGAUUAGACGAAACUCACUUGCAUAGUUUUAAAAAAUUAGUAGUACUGUUAAAUAAUUAUUAACAUUGUUGUCUAUAAAAAUUUAAAAUAUUUUGUACUUUAUUUCUUAAUUAUAUUUUGUCUUGUCUCAAUAGUACAGUUAUGGACUUGAAAUGUAUUAUAUUGUUUUGUAAAUAUUACAUUCUUGUGAUGUCUUCACAAUAAAGUUAUAAAGAUAA